GAGACCAGAUAUCCUGAAUGCAGGGUCCAGAGAGACCAGAUAUCGCAAAUGCAGGGUCCGGGGAGACCAGAUAUAGUGAAUGCAGGGUCCGGGGAGAACAGAUAUCCUGAAUGCAGGGGUCCGGGGAGACCAGAUAUAGUGAAUGCAGGGUCCGGGGGAGACCAGAUAUAGUGAAUGCAGGGUCUGGGGAGACCGGAUAUAGUGAAUGCAGGGUCCGGGGAGACUGGAUAUAGUGAAUGCAGGGUCCGAGGAGACCAGAUAUAGUGAAUGGAGAGUCCGGGGAGACCGGAUAUAGUGAAUGCAGGAUCCGGGGAGACUGGAUAUAGUGAAUUCAGGGUCCGGGGAGACCGGAUAUAGUGAAUGCAGGAUCCGGGGAGACUGGAUAUAGUGAAUUCAGGGUCCGGGAGA